UGAGCGAUGACAUGCUGCCAUCAUCGAAGAGGACGCAGAUGGACAGCCUCGUUCAGCCGUUCGUCGCCCAGUACCUGGGGAUAUAUCAGCCUAAAGAAAACCAGAAUGGCAGUAGUGUAACCUCGGACGAAAAGGGAAAAGACGACGUGAGGGCGGCUGGAUGUACUUCCAACAAGUCUAGAGUUUCUCCUCCUGGACGACCCCCCAGAUUCCUCAAACCCACCCAGGCCCAGGCCCCGGCCCCCCUGGGCAGACCCAUCAUGUCUCUGGGGCAUCUCACCAAGGGUGCAAGCUGGGAAGAACUCAUCCAGGCCUGCCUGCAGUCGUUCGAUGCGGAGGGUUGUGUACGGGAAAGCGGCCACCUGCUCAACAUAACUCUGACCAUGCACCGUCUCCUCAUGUCCUCCAACGACCUUCUGGACAAAUUCAUCAAUAUAUUUAAUGCAGCACUGGACAAUGAGCAGCCAAAAGAGUGUCAGAGGAUAUGCUACCUCAUCAGGCACUGGAUCCGAGAGUUCUGGAUGAUUUUCCAGUUGCGCGACAGCUUGUCCGACAGCCUGGGCGAGUUCCAGGAUGCGAUCCGAGAGCAAGGACAGGAGCAUCUUUGCUCCCUCUUAGAAACCAAAUGGAUAAAUGAACGGGAUUGGUCGUGGAAGGCCAGCCAGAAGAUAAAAGUUAGCUACAGUAAAAAGAGAAAAGUUUCUCUUCUUUUCGAUCAUUUGGAGCCCAGUGAGCUGGCUGAGCACCUCACCUACCUAGAGUUUAAAUCCUUUUGCAGAAUAUCAUUUGUAGACUUUCUGAAUUACAUUAAGAGCUGCUGUGUGAAGGACAUCCCCGUGCUGGAGCGUUCCAUCACCCUGUGUAACGGGAUCUCCCAGUGGGUUCAGCUGAUGGUGCUGAGCCGGCCAACUGCUCAGCUGAGAGCGGAGGUUUUCACAAAGUUUAUCCACGUUGCACAGUGUCUUCACGUUAUGCACAACUACAACACACUAAUGGCGGUGGUGGGAGGACUAUGUCACAGCUCCAUUUCCAGACUGAAAGACACCACUUCGAAUGUGCCCAAUGAAGUCACCAAGGAUCUGAAUGAGAUGACAGACCUGCUGUCCUCCUGCAGAAACUUUGACAACUAUAGACAAGCUUACAGCAGGUGUACUGGUUUUAAAAUCCCCAUCCUCGGUGUCUACCUCAAAGACCUGAUUUCGGUCAAUGAGGCCAUGUCGGAUUACGUGGAGAACGACAAGGUGAACGUCCAGAAGCUGCAGGUGCUCUACAACCACAUCAAUGAGCUGAUCCAGCUCCAGCAGAUCCCGCCCAGACUGGAUGCAAACAAGGACCUGGUUCAUCUGUUGACGUUAUCCUUGGAUCUUUACUACACUGAGGAUGAGAUUUAUGAACUGUCCUAUGCGCGGGAGCCCAAGAACUCCAAGGCACCUCCGUCCACCCCCUCCAGACCUCCAGUUUGUGUGGACUGGGCAUCAGGAGUGGCUCCUAAACCGGAUCCUCGAACCAUCAGCAAACACGUGCAGAGAAUGGUGGAUUCGGUGUUUAAAAACUACGAUCUCAAUGAGAAUGGCUUUAUUUCUCAAGGGGAGUUUGAGAAAAUUGCUUCUAGCUUUCCUUUCUCCUUCUGUGUCAUGGACAAAGAGAAGGAGGGCCUCGUGAGCAGAGAGGAAAUCACAGCUUAUUUCAUGCGGGCAAGUGUCAUCUGCUCCAAACUUGGGCUUGGCUUUGUUCACAACUUCCAGGAGUGGACUUACAUGAAGCCCACCUUCUGCGACAACUGCUCAGGAUUUUUGUGGGGCGUCAUCAAGCAAGGCUACAAAUGCAGGGACUGCGGCAUGAACUGUCACAAGCUGUGCAAGGAUCAGGUGGCGUUCGAGUGCAAGAAGAACGGCAGAGUAGCCAACGCCACCGACAGUCCCACACCGAGCUCCACGCCUAUCCCCACCAGCAACUCAGAGGGUUCAGAAGAAUGUCCUUUCUUCUACCCGCCCGACAACAGGAAAGACUGGAGCCCAGACUCCCCCGUCACCCCCCGUUUGAGGCCUACGAGAGUGCAUAGCUACACCCAGACAGAGGGACCUCAGCUAUCCUCUAUUACUACCGAGGCCCCCUUCCUUCAGCCCAGUCUAAUAGUCCCAGCGCCGCCCGCCCUCAACCCGUGCCCGAGCCCAGUGCUCCACCGAAAACGACACUGUGCCAAGUGGGAAAACAAAGCCUCUAUAUUGUUAAAGCCUAAAUCGGCAGAAGCCACCGAUGACUCUCUGGAGUUGGACAACCAGAGACUCCACAAAACAAAUGAGACACUACGCAGGAAGCUAAGAGAGGCAGAGCGGGAGAUUGAUGAACUGAAGAAACUGUUGAAGAGGCAUGCUCUCCACCCCGUUGAGGAGGACUCCUCCUCUUAAGCUGUUUCACACACUGGUUGUGUCAUUCCAGGACAAAAAAAAAGCUGUUUUUGUUAGACUGAGAUUCACGCGGACGCCACUCAACACCGCAUCACUCUGUGAUUAGACGCAGCAUGGCAGAUUCAUGGAAUCAUCUGAGUGACAGGGGCAUCGUUGGUAGAGCGGUAGAAGUGUUUCAUCAUGCUGGCUCUUACUUUUACGCAAAUCACGCCGUCUGUCUGCUUCACUUCUGUUACUUCCUCCUAAGGCGGAACAGGGGCCAAUGAAAGGGCCCCAUCGUUCCACCUUAGGGUGAUCCAUCCAUUCAUUUCUCCUGACCAAAGUGGGGUGGCAUGGCAAGCAGCUAAAGCAGACUGGCCCGCCGCUCCCUCUCCUCAGCCGUCUCCUCUAGCUCCUCCGGUGAACACUGAGACGUUCCCAGUUGGCCUAAAUAAUCGUCUUUAAAAGAGCUGCAGCCAGGAAAGGGUGUUUAGCGUCACACCUAUGCCGAGCCUGCUUCAUGGGGGCUGGUGCUGCCCCCAUGUGGCAGAAUGCAUAAAGGUUUUGGGCAAAACAGUUGGUGAAAGAGCCAUACAGUAUAAGCGUGCACACAGAGGUGGACAGAGUACUCGACCCCAUGAGUAAGAGUACAAAUACUACUGGUCAAAAUUUACUCCGUUACAAGUAAAAGUAGCUCAGUCAAAAUAUUACUCGAGUAAGAGUAGAAAAGUACUUGCUUUUAAAGGUACUUAAGUAUCCAAAAGUAAAUGCUUUUAAAUUUACUUUAAGUAAAAGUAAGUAAGAGUACAUUUCUUAUUUUCCACAUCAGUAAAUUACUAUAUUUUUUCUAAAUUAAUUUAAGUUGUAAAGUUUAAGUUGUAAAUGUCUGUGGUUUGUCUGUGCCCUCGUUUUUUACUCGGUCGAACUCAAACAUUGAGUUAAGAGACGGCCAAGGAUUUUGUGAAAGUCCCUGCUCCGAGUCCGGCUCAUUAUCAGACUCAGACGACUCAGCGGAUUGUCUUUCUUCUCCUGACGCAGGCGUAGCCAUUGUUGCAGCUCUGUCUUGACAAACGCAGGCUACUUUGGCGGUAUCGUUUUGAGGAGGCUUGACGUAUUUCCGCUUUACUUACAUCCCAGUGGAGAGCGUGCACUGUGAUAGGUCUCCUCCUUUGACAAAUCAGCUUGUGUCCAAUGGGAUUUUAGGGAAGAAGAAAAAAGAGCAGACGUGAAAGUAACGAGUACUUUUCAGCCUUCCUAGAAAUUUACUCGAGUAAAAGUAAAAAUAUUUGUCUUGGAAAUGUAUUCAAGUAAGAGUAAUAAGUACCAAAGAAAUCUAAUACUCAAGUAAAGUACAAAUCCUCUGGAUAUGUACUUAAGUACAGUACUCAAGUAAAUUUACUCCGUUACUGUCCACCACUGCGUGCACAUGUAGACCACAGUCCGUUUAAAGGGGAGCUUUGUGGGUAAAGGAAAGGCUUGAAAUAGGACUAUGGCAUGGGUCCUAUAUGGUUUUAGUAUUAUGCGCUCCAAAUUGGAAGCCUUUGUGGGCCAAAUAUAUGGGACCCACAUGUUCCUACUUUUAAACCCGUAUGGCCUCACGUGUGAAUGCUGGUCGGGGUUGAGUGUCAUAUGAAAUCAUACCAGAGACGACAACCACAAGCCCAAACGAUGUGUAUUAUGUGCUGAGAGUACAUCAGUCAAGACGUGCUGGCAUGUGUAUUAUCUAAGAUUCUCAAGGUGUGUAUGUAUUUUCCUUUCUGGGUGGAGCCCAGAAUGCAAUAAAACAUCAUGCCAUCUGUUCCUCAGACAUACGUUACAGUACGUAUAGCGUAUAAAGGUAAUAGAGCUGCAUUAAAAGUUGUUCAGAGUGACCCAGUUUACUAUCUUGAACAGCUCACAACAGGAUGAAAAUCACAGGCAUCGCCAUUCUUCACUUUAUAUUGUGAAACAUUAGGUGUAGUGCAUCAAAACAAAACAAAAACAAGCCACUGUUGAAUGAAAAUGUGCAGUAUUGUCGUGUAAAAUGUACAGCAGAAUGUGUUUGAUCAUUUUUUUGGGUCAAUUAAUGAGGAUCAGUAUUUAUGUUAAACAUAAAAUGGGUGUCAGAUGCUACAGGAAAAUGUGUGCAGCAAAGCGGUUUUUGGAAAGUAUUUGAAAGAUGAGUUAUAACAGGAAAUAAGAGCCCGCUGAUUUUUAUCCGCAGAGGAAAAAGUUGGGCCGCUCAGAUCUAUAAAACUGUUGUUGCUUUGUAAUAGUUGUUCCCUUUGUUGUUUGUAUUGUUCAUAUUUAUUAAGUAAAACACUACACCGUU